CUCCCCAAAAUGUCAUUCCCUAGUUUUCAAGUUCAUCCUAAGAAGGGAAGCCCAAAAGUGCAACAGGAAAACCAAAAGGAGAGAGAAAAAUCUCGCCUUUUCCCAUAAAACCACGUGACGGUCCCUUCUCCUCCUCACUGCCUCGCGACCCAAGAACGAGGAAAGAGGGGAAGAAUGGCGAAGAAAGAGAUGGAAGUUGUGAAGGGGCUCGAUCUGCGUAGGUACAUGGGGCGCUGGUACGAGAUAGCCACCUUCCCGUCGAGGUUCCAGCCCAAGAACGGCGUGGACACGAGGGCCACGUACGCUCUGAAGGAGGACGGGACAGUGCGCGUGCUGAACGAGACGUGGGCCAAUGGUAAGAGGGGCUCCAUCGAGGGCACCGCCUACAAGGUCGACCCCAGCAGCAACGAGGCCAAACUCAAAGUGAAGUUCUACGUGCCCCCGUUCUUGCCCAUCGUCCCUGUGGUUGGGGACUACUGGGUCCUGCACCUCGAUGCUGAUUAUCAGUAUGCUCUCGUGGGUCAGCCCAGUAGGAACUAUCUCUGGAUACUGAGCAGGCAGAGCCAUCUAGACGAUGGAAUCUACAAUCAGCUGGUUCAGAAGGCUGAAGAAGUAGGGUAUGACGUGAGCAAAAUCCGCAAGACUCCGCAGAGCGACACUCCCCGUAAAUGAGGACCAAAGGACGCCAUAGACAUUUGAGGGGAUCAUCCAUUCUAGUAGUAUAGGUAAACUUUAAUUUAUAGCAGAUUGAUGAAGAUGGUGGGACCUUGAGUGAACAUGAGUUUCAGAAUAAACAGCAUAUGAUCCAACUUGCUUUUAUACAUCCGGUACAUUUUCCUUCUGCUAUGUGGGUACAUUGUGAUAGCGAUGAGUUAUUGUCGGUGACUCAGAGCUGUUCGAUUGUCAGACCCCUCUUGGAUU